GAGGGCCGCGCUGGGCAGCCGGGCCCUGUCACAUGACAGUAUUUUCAUUCCUGAGUCGGGACAGGACCCUCCUCGGCCUGUGCGGGUGUUUUCCCAAGAAAAUGUGUGUGACCGGAUUAAAGCCCUGCAGCUGAAAAUACAGUGUAAUGUGAAAAUGGGGCCGCCACCGCCUCCGGGAGGCCUUCUUGCCAAGCGGGGAGAUGACACUGGCAUGAGUUCUGAGGACGACGGUCUGCCCAGGAGCCCCCCAGAGAUGUCCCUGCUGCCUGACAUCGGUCCCGGCACAACCAUAAAGGUCUCUUUAGUUUCCUCAUCCCGGCCACAGUCUCCGGACCAGCUCUUCUCCAGGCACACGAGCGACGCCAGCAUCCCCCCCCGCACCUCGGACAGCAGCGUGGCACCCGUGGCUGAUUUCGAUUACCCUCCAGAAUUGUCCUCCUGCCUGGACAACUCUGCAGCUAAGCACAAGCUCCUGGUUAAGCCCCGCAACCAGCGGUCCAGCAAAAUGAGGCGGCUGUCUUCGCGAGCACAGUCUGAAUCCCUUUGUGAUCUGACGGGUACCCCAGAGGAAGAGGAAUACGAUGAGAAGUCAUUACGCAGAGCUGGCACAGAAGAGAGCCCCAGUUCUGCACAGCAGGAUGUGGUAGUGGACAGAAGCGCAGAGCCCGUGGGGCCAGCCGCCAUGCUGCAAGUGGGGGCGCUGCGUGCGAGGCGGGCCCGCCUGCAGCACUGCCCAGCCCUCAGUGCCAGCGCCGAGGAGGAGGAGGACAGCUUUCUUGGGGAUAACCCCUCAAGCCGCGCGGCCACCCCCGAGGUCGCUGAGCCCGUGUCAGGCUCGGCCCCCUGCUCAGAGACCCUAUCUUUGCCAGAAGGUUCCCCGCACCAUAAUCCCAACAGCGAAAACCAGAGGGAGGAAGUGUCCCUGGAAAGCACAUGUCCCCCAGACAGGGAAACCGCUGAUGAGGUGCUUUGCCCUUCUGGAGACGUGGAGAUUUGGUUAUCUCCCUCCAUCCCCGAGGAGGACACGACAUCUCCUGAGACUGCCCCUGCCACCACCUUGGAGACUCCCCCUGGUCCAGAGGGGCCAGACCAGAGUGUCCAGAAGGAGGUGGAGCUGACGCUGGAAGUACCCGUGGCCGUGGCCGUGCCCGAGCCCGAGCCCCAGCCCGAGCCCGAGGGAGCAGGGAAGGGAUCUCCCGAGGCCCCCGCCCCAAGCCCCCCGGCCCCCAAGAGCUGCCUGAAGCACAAGGCCCCGGCGGUGAGCGCGAGCCCCGGCGCGCCGCCCGCCUGCGAGUCGCCUGCGGAGGAGCCCACUCCCCGGCCCCUGGACGGAGAGGCCGCCCCCGCCGAGCAGCCCAGGGCCGAACCCGCGGAGCCCCCACAGGGGGGACCCGAGAGGCUGGCGUCGGAGCGGAAGGUGGAGCGGGCAGGCAGCGAGCUGCGGGCCGUGAAGUUCUCGGUGUCGUCGGGCCGUGCGUGGCCGCGAUCAGGCAGCGCCCGGGUGCUGGAGCACACCGGCCCCGCGGGCGCCUCGGCCGGCCGCCUGCCGCUUCUGAAGAGCAGCCUGGUCUGGAGGAGCGAGGCGGCGCUCGACGACCUGCGGGCGCCCCCCGAGCCCCACGGCGGGAAACCCGCGACGGCCGGCGGCGGUUCUCGGGACUCGGGGGACUCGGUGGCCGGGCCGGGCCGGACCCCCCGGGAUGCCCCUGGAGACCCCUGCCCGGCCGCCCGCGAGCCGCCCUCGGGGGAGGACAGAGGCCCCUUUCCCGUCAAGCUGCGCUCCACCUCUCUGUCCUUCAAGCACAGGGAGGCGUCCUCUGUCGAAGUCAGAGGGAUAAAGAGAUACAGCGCUGAAAUCCGGUUAGAAAAAGGGGGGCUGGCUUUGCUCCCCAAAGACGAGAAAUGUCCGGUCGCGAAGGCCCCCUCCCCUCGAGGGGCACGGCCCCCGCAUGAGCAGGGAAAGGGGAAGGCCCGGCCCUCGGAACCGCUCAGCGCCAAGCCUCCCCUGCCCAGGAAGCCGCUGCUGCAGAGUCGCCCCCUGCCGCCCCCGGACGCUGGUCCGGGUCCCGGGGAGCUGGCGAAGGCCGCGCCGUCCCCGGACCCCAGACGGGAGAGCCGGAUGGCCGAGACGCGGUCGCCGCACAGGGCAGCUGAGAAGGGUCCCCCUCCUGCAGCCGAGGGCCGGCCUGCACCACCCUGGAUCACCAUCGCUCGGCAGAAGCGACGAGGGACCUCGGACCAGCCCCCAAACCAGGAAGACAAGCCCGGGGCCCGCACCGUGAAGUCUGAAAUAGGAAAGCAAGCCAAGGCGCCCGAGAGAGCCCAG